AUGUCAGCCAUCAAGACCCUCUUGUUGAUUUCCGCCCUCGGUGUCAGUGCCAUCCAGGCCAUUUGCACGCUUCACAUCCAGCUGUACCAGCGCAAGGUCAACGAUGUUUGUGUGUUUGACUUUCCAGACUGUGCCAACUUUACUUCAGAUAACGCCUCAUCAUUCGGACUUGAUGUUAUCUUUGACUACCCGACUGACACUCCUAUUCACCGCCAAAAGACGACGUUCCAAGAUGGACAGCUGUUCAAGGCAGUGUAUGGCAAACAGCUUUUGGGGUGCUAUGACUAUGAUACUGCCGCGACGACCUACAUUAGACAAUAG